CCUGUCCCAAGAGUGGCCUCCGCCCAGGCUGCCUGGUGUUCCCUGGGCAGCCUCUGCACUGUUCCAGAGAUCAGGAGGACUCUUCAGAGCUAUGAGGGCAGGAGACUUCUCUAUAGGCCCUAUGGAAUUCUAAAUCUUGGGUGAGAAAAGCAACAUGGAGGGUGAAGGAGCCAAGCUUCUGCCAAGCUCCACCUACCAUGGCCAGACGACAACUGGACAAUGGUUGACCAGGGAAGCUUGAGAACCAAUCAUGGCCGAGUACGGGACCCUCCUCCAGGACCUGACCAACAACAUCACCCUUGAAGAUCUGGAACAGCUCAAAUCAGCCUGCAAGGAGGACAUCCCCAGUGAGAAGAGCGAGGAGAUCACUACUGGCAGUGCCUGGUUUAGCUUCCUGGAGAGCCACAACAAGCUGGACAAAGACAACCUCUCUUAUAUCGAGCACAUCUUUGAGAUCUCCCGCCGUCCUGACCUACUCACUAUGGUGGUUGACUACAGAACCCGUGUUCUGAAGAUCUCUGAGGAAGAUGAGCUGGACACCAAGCUAACCCGUAUCCCCAGUGCCAAGAAGUACAAAGACAUUAUCCGGCAGCCCUCUGAGGAAGAGAUCAUCAAAUUGGCUCCUCCACCGAAGAAAGCCUGAGCAAGGGGGAGGAAGAGGAGGAAGGUUGGACCUUCAUCAGACCAUUCUCUUCCCCCAUCCUCCAGGGGAGGGGGCAAGGGCAUCCCCCCCCCAUCUACCCACUUACUAACCUGGUCCUAACCCCCUUACUGUGCGCGUGUGUGUGCGUGUGCGCACGCUCUGGCUGUCUGUCUAUAUGUCUAGCUCAUCUAGUUCCUCCUCCUUGUGAGGGGAUGGGGGUCAGGGGCUGGGGGUGGGGGAGCUAAGUUUCCCGACUCUAGGGGGAGUUGGGGGCUAUUUCUAUGCAAAUAGAAAUGGGCACAUUCCUCCUACCUUCCCUUUCCUCCACUCUUCCCCCACCUCUCUAAAGUGUGGGAGCAGAAAAGGGCCUGUAUUUUCCUACAAUGAGGAGGGGAGGUAGGAAUGAGGCAUGGGAGAGGUGGGUGAAUCUAAUGAAAAGCAGUGAGAGGGAAGAUGAAGAGGCUACCCAACCCCCACCUGGAAGGGGCAAAGAAAAGCCAGAGUUUGUGUUUGUACCCCAAAGCUGGACUGGCUGAGGAGUCCAGUUUCCAGUAGUUCCUCAGGUUGGAGGGCCUGGGUACCAGCAGGUCCCUUUUUGCUCCCCUCUUAUGGGCCUACGGUGGGUAUGAGCCAGGGAUGUAAAGAAGGAGGAUCACUGGAUCCUUCCCUGGCCCCAAAGUUCAAACCCCAUGGAGAACCCAGCAUUAGAUACCCCCCACCCACCUCUGCUCUGGAUAGACUGUGCUGGGAACAUGCCCCAUCACUGAGCCUGAGUGGGGAUGAAGGCAGAGAGGAGUUUCCUGUUCCACUCCUUUAUUCCUACUCAGACUGUUGCACAGGAGUCCCCUGAACCUAGGGAGGUUGGGGAAUUGAGAUCCUUAGGUUUUAACUCCAGUCCUGCUCCCACUUAAGAGUCCCAAUGUGGUUAUCGCAGGCAACCUUCCUUCUCUCCAUGAUCUAGAAACCCCUCUCCCCCAAGCCAGAAAGAAGGGAAGAAGCUAACUACAGUGUUUUCCGUUGCACUGAUCCCCAAUUCAGUCCAGGAGGGGACUUGGUAACCCCUCUCCCUCAAUAUCCUGGCACCUUGGGCUUGUGAACGCCUCCUAGCCAAAUCACUAGAGUACAGUGACCCCAGCCUCCUGCCUGUCCCAAGAUAGCUCUCCCCACCCUGACCGUGCUAACUGUGUGUACAUAUAUAUUCUACAUAUAUGUAUAUUAAACCCGCACUGCCAUGUCUGCCCUUUUUUGUGGUGUCUGGCAUUAACUUAUUGUCUAGGCCAGGACGGGGGUGGAAGGGGAAUGCCACAGUGAAGGGAGUGGCAGAGUCAAAUUGCUACAUAGUCAAAACAAAAAAAACUUUUUUAAACUUUAAAUUCACAUGCAAUCUCAAGAGGCUAUUUAGAGAAAGUUUAAGCUAGAAGCUUCUAGGAUGUGGGAGCAAAACUUUAGUGGAGGGGAGAGCUGGCUAUUGGAAGAGGGAAGAAGCCAGACUGGUCGGAGAACACCCUCUAAUCCUAGCCUAGCCCAGCCCAACCUGCCUGUCCCCUCUGGCCACUGCUGUGGACACCUGCCUUAACACAUACACCUCGAGUACUCCACAGUUUUGCCUUAAAGGACCUUCCCAGUCUUCCCCAGUCCUGUCUGGCUUCUCCCUCAAGGAGAGAGAGAUACUUGUAGAAUUGGGAGGGGGGAAAUGAGCAGGAAUUAUCCUUCCAAGCCAGGAUAUGUUAUGUGAGAACAAGUCUGAGAGAGAAAGGGGGUGGAGGAAGGGAAUAUAUAAAGAGCCUUCCUUUGAAGAGAGAAGGGGAUGAGAUGGGAGAAGGGAGACAGGGUCAUUUUCAGUGGAGUCUAGCGAUUUCUCUGUAAGGCAAAAUAAUCUAAAAAGACUAACCUGCCCUCCCGCCCCCUAUACUGCUGUGAGAUUGCCCCUAUCCUGUGCUCCUCUGUCUGCAGUGUGCACGGCCUUGUUCUAACCCUGGAAUAAAGGUGAUUGAUUGUACUGUA